AAUCAUGAAACUGUGGCACAUGCUUAUUUUCUCUUUAUAGGCGAGAUAAACUUUGGAUAUGCAUGGAGUUUUGUGGAGGUGGCUCUUUACAGGAUAUUUAUCAUGUAACGGGACCUCUGUCAGAAUUGCAAAUUGCAUAUGUUAGCCGAGAAACACUACAGGGACUAUACUAUCUUCACAGUAAAGGAAAAAUGCACAGAGAUAUAAAGGGAGCUAACAUUCUGUUAACGGAUAAUGGUCAUGUGAAAUUGGCUGAUUUUGGAGUAUCUGCACAGAUAACAGCUACAAUUGCCAAACGGAAGUCUUUCAUUGGUACACCAUAUUGGUAAUUGUAUUUUAAUUG